AUGCAUAGGAGACUUCACACUGGUGAAACACCUUAUAAAUGUGAAAUUUGUAGUAAGCAGUUUACUGUAAAAGGUAAUUUAGAACAGCAUAUGAGACUUCACAGUGAUAAAACACCUUUUAAAUGUGAAAUUUGUAGUAAGUUUUUUACUACAAAUAGUAGUUUAAAGAUGCAUAAGAGACUUCACACUGGUCAAACACCUUAUAAAUGUAAAAUUUGUAGUAAGCAAUUCAGUCAGAUUAAUAGUUUAAAUCAUCAUAAUAUGGUAGUUCACACUGGUGAAAGGCCUUAUAAAUGUGAAAUUUGUAAUAAGCAGUUUACUUUAAAAGGUAAUUUAAAACAACAUAUAAGAGUUCACGCUGAUGAAACACCUUAUAAAUGUGAAAUUUGUAGUAAGUUGUUUACUACAAAAGGUAAUUUAAAGAUGCAUAUGAGACUUCACACUGGUAAAACACCUUAUAAGUGA